AUGCUCAGCUUAUAUGAGGCCUCCUACCAUAGUAUUGAAGGAGAAGAAGAACUAGAUGAAGCAGGAAAAAUUGCAAUGGAGCAUUUAAUAUGUCUUGAUAGAUCUUUAUUAUGUCCACAGCUUGUUGAAGAAAUAGAUCAUGCCUUGGAGAUACCCUUGCAUUGGAGAAUGCUAAGGAUACAUACUAGGUGGUUUAUUGAUGCAUAUGGUAGACGAGAGAAUUUUAAUCCCACAUUGCUUGAGUUGGCUAAGCUAGACUUCAACAUAGUGCAGAGCAUCUAUAAGACAGAGCUUCAAGAAAUGUCCAUGUGGUGGAAAAAUCUUGGUCUUGCUUGUACAGAGCUUAACUUUAUAAGGGAUAGACUUGUGGAGAAUUACUUUUGGGCCGUGGGAUUUACUUUUCAGCCUGAAUUUGGGAUAAGCAGAAAAGCUAUCACCAAAAUAAUUAGUCUCGUAGCAACAAUUGAUGAUAUUUAUGAUGUCUAUGGUGCCUUAGAUGAACUAGAACUCUUUACAAAUGUCGUUGAAAACUUACAAAGGCAACUUAAAUCUCUUUGGCUGCUCCUACCUGAAACCAUCAAGAAAAUUGCACAGGAGGAGAAAUAUAUACAUCGGAGGGAUAAAUUGAAGGAGGAAGUGAGGUAUUUGAUUGGACAACAACACGAUCUUAUCAAACAACUCGAACUUCAAGAUGCAAUGCGUCGGCUAGGACUCGACUAUCAUUUUAAUUCAGAGAUCAAGAACUUGUUGAAUUCCAUUAGUUCAUCAAAGCAGAAUAUAGAGGAUUUGAUACUGAAUAACAACCUUCAUGGCUCUGCCUUGCUUUUUAGGCUUCUAAGGGAACAUGGCAUUAAUAAUGCUCCAAUAUUAAGAGUUGAUGCUCUAACCAGUUGUUUCAAAAAAGUGAGAGAAAACUUCCAACUUAAUCAUCAACAUAAUAUCAAAGAAAUAAUAAGCUUAUAUGAGGCUUCCUACCUUGCUGUUGAAGGCGAGGAAGUAUUGGAUGAGAUGAGAGACUUCGCCGUUGAGUAUUUAAGCCACCUUGAUAGAUCCUUGCUAAGCCAAGAGCUCACUGAAGAAAUCGAUCAUGCCUUAGAGCUACCAUUGCAUUGGAGAUUAUCAAGGCUACAUACUAGAUGGUACAUUGAUGCUUAUGGGAAACAAGAGAAUGUUAAUCCCGUAUUGCUCGAGCUGGCUAAACUAGAUUUUAACAUUGUGCCGAGUAUCUACACGAUUGAGCUUAAGGAAAUGUCCAGGUGGUGGAGAAAUAUUGGUCUUGUUUCGGAUGAGAUUAAUUUUUCAAGAGAUAGACUGGUAGAGAACUUUUCAUUGGCAGUAGGGGAAACAUUUCAACCUAAAUUUUGGAGAUGCAGGAAGGCAAUUACCAAAAUAAAUUGUUUCAUUGCAUUAAUUGAUGAUAUUUAUGAUGUCUAUGGCACCUUGGAUGAACUGAAGAUCUUUACAAAUGCCAUUGAAGAUGACCUGAAAUUAUUUGGAAUUAUAAGAUGGAACAUAGCUACAGCUCAACAACUUCCAGAUCCCAUGAAGAUAUGCUUGGCCGCACUUUUCAGCACAAUGAAUAAUAUUUCCUCCUCAUUUUCAAUAGAGAAAGAGUUGGAUGCUCUUCUAUACUUAAAAAGAAUGGAAGAGAUCCCAAGAGGAGAAAAGGCAAACUCAGUUCAAUGCUAUAUGAAAGAGAAAGAUGUUUCAGAAUCAAUUGCUCGAGACUAUACAAGACAUUUGGUGAGAAAUUUUUGGAAAAAAUUGAAUGGAGAACUCAUUGAAUUCUCAACAUCUAUAGGAUCUUUUAAAGAAGGUAUUCUAGGUGUACCAAGAACAGCACAAUUUUUAUACCAAAAUGGAGAUGGAUAUGCGAUUGAUGAUGGAAAGAUUAGGGACCAAAUCUUUUAUAUGAUAAUUGAGCCAAUUCCACUUUGAAAGUAACGCCCUUGCAAAAAUACGCUUUUUUGAAGUUAGAUGUGUCGAAUUCAUUUUCCAAGUGUAUGCAUUAAGUACUUUUUCUUAUGAUUGAUUUUAUUACAUAAGUAAU